CUACUCUUCAUUUACUAUGGCUCCUGAUUUGAAAGAAUACGACGAAGAACAAGUUCGUCUUAUGGCUGAAAUGUGUAUUGUUAUUGAUGAAAAUGAUAAACGUAUUGGUGCUGACUCAAAAAAGACUUGUCAUCUUAUGGAUAAUAUCAACAAGGGACUUUUACAUCGUGCUUUUAGUGUAUUUCUUUUUGAUUCUCAAAACAGACUUUUACUUCAACAACGUGCUUCUGAAAAAAUCACUUUUCCUGACAUGUGGACAAACACCUGUUGUUCUCAUCCUUUGAACACUCCUGAUGAAUUAGUUGAAAAAGACCAAUUAGGUGCUCGUACUGCUGCUCAACGAAAAUUGGAACAUGAACUUGGUAUCAAACCUGAACAAGUUCCUUUGGAUCAAUUCCAUUAUUUAACUCGUAUUCAUUAUCUUGCUCCUAGUGAUGGUUUGUGGGGUGAACAUGAAAUUGAUUAUAUCUUUUUCAUCAAGGCUGAUGUAGAUUUGGAACCUAGUCCCAAUGAAGUUCGUGAUGUCAAAUAUGUUACGCCUGAUGAACUUCGUGCUAUGUUUGCUGAUACUAAUGUACCUAUGACUCCUUGGUUUAAAUUGAUCUGCAAUACUUUCUUAUUCAAAUGGUGGGCCAAUAUUGAUUCCAUUCAAGAAGAAAAAGAUGAAAAUACUAUUCAUCGUUUGGGUUUUGAUUAAGAAGUUAGAUUUAUUUAUUUUAUUUUAUUAUUUUUAUUUAGUUUAUUCUAUUUUAUAUUUAAUUUUUUUUUGACUUCAUACCCUUUUUUUUUUGAAUAGAAUUAUACUUUUAUUACUAUUAUUAUUAUUAUUAUGAAGAAUCAUGUGCACAGACCAAAC